AUGCCUACCGUCUCCGAGUUUCAAUUCGAAUUUUAUAACGAUAUCGUGAAACUUUUGAGGGAUAGCGACACGCACGAUUCAGUCAUUCGUGUUGGUAAAGAGAAGAGAGAAUUUCGCGCCCACCGAGUUAUUUUAUGUGCUCGUUCAAGUUAUUUUCGCACUGUACUUUCUCCACAGUGGGUAAAAAAACAAAAUGGCGAAUUCAUAUUGGCAAUACCCAAUAUUUUGCCGGACAUUUUCGAGAUUAUUUUAGAUGGCAGUAUAAAUUUAGAAGUGCAUGAAGAUGCGGAUAUUCUAAAAUUGUUAGUUGCCGCCGAUGAAUUACGAUUAGAUAAUUUAGCGACCUAUAUACAGAUGUAUUUGAUCAAAAAGAGGACCCAAUUGAUACGUAAUGAUCCAGUACAAAUUUUAAAAAUCUUUCUUCAACAUCCAAAAUUCACCAACUUACAUGAUUUCUGUCUUGAAACCAUCCGUGAGAGUCCCAAGUUACUCUUUGCAUCUGACAAUUUUUUUUCAUUGGAUGAAACUCACUUUGAAUUGAUAUUGGAACGUGGCAAUUUAUUAAUUGAAGAAAUAGAAAUUUGGGAUAAUCUUGUCAAAUGGGGAAUAGCACAACACCCUAACUUGUCUAAUGAUGUUUCGCAAUGGUCAUCGUAUGAUUUUAGAAAUAUCGCAACAACGUUACAAAAAUUUCUUCCCCUAAUUAAUUGGUCUCAAAUUGCAUCACGCGAGUUUCAACAAAAAGUUAUGCCAUAUAAGGAUAUUUUGCCUCGCAUGCUCUACGAAAAUAUUAUUAAUCAUUAUUUAAAUCCGGAUAUUCCGGUGCGUGUAAGCUUACCUGCCCGAAGUUCAAACCCAUCCACUCGACUUAAUCGAAAUUUUACGUUACCUAGUCGAAAUUCAUCUUUAAGACCAACCAGAUUUGAUUCUACCAUCGUUAAUUCCAAAAUUGCUGCCAACAUUUCUUCGGCACAAGUUGGUCGUAUUAACCUUCCUAAUCAUGCAACCUAUAAUGACAUAAACUAUGGUCCAUCUUUUGGCGGCAGUUAUGAUUUUUACAUCAAAGGUAACAACUGGGGCAGCGACUCAACUGAGCAUUAUCCAGGUGUUACUUUCCACAAUAUCCGUAGUGGACAUUUGCAAGAGUAUGAAGUUUAUCAG